UGUUGUGUGUUAUAGAAAAUGGUUUAGAAAGUUUUGAAAAGUUGGUUUUUUAAGGAAAAAUAAAAAUAUCGAAUAUCAAUAUAUAAAAAAUUGUGAUUGAGUUUCUGUUUGCUUUGUUUGAUUUAUUGUUUCCUGGAAGGAAGAGGUCCCUUAAAUAAUGGAUUUGCCACUACGGAUGAAAAUGAAGACGAUGAUGACGACGACAAUGAUGAUGAUGCUUAUAAUGACAGGAAUAAUACUCCAACAUGGCGAAUCUUUAUCAACCGACGAAAUUUAUUUCAAAAAUACCGAAUUCAAUCUAUCCUCGGGAUUAUUUCACGAAAAACUUGGAACCCUACAAAUAAUCGGUGGUACACGUAAAAUAUCAAUAGUCCUAACAAAACUAAAAAAUCAUCAAUAUUUACAAACAUUCGUCGAAAUGUUGGACAAGGCACUAAACAAUUGUCAAAAAGCAGGACAAUUAAGAUGUCGUGAAAGAAUAAAUUAUCCACGACUAAAGAAACAAAUCGAUUUAGCAACAAAUUUACGAGCAAAACUUUUAGAGGAAUUAGAAGAAAUAAAUCUAAAGCCCACUGAUUUUGAACAAUCACGAAGAAAACGUCAGGCAGAAAUAAAUAUUGAUACAAUAGAAAAUAGUUUUGCAUUCAGUACAAAUUUUUUAGAUGAAAAUAGUAUGACAAUUUUAAUGGGCAAUCAAAAUCAUACAAUACAAUCCGAAUUAGAUGAACUCAAUAAAUUCGAACCAAAAAUAAUUCAUGAAUUAACAAUUUUACAGAAUCAAUUGAAAAAUCCAACUCUCAAUUUUUCGAAAGAAUUAGACGAAUAUAUGAUUUAUAGAAACUUUAAUUUAAUAUUAGAAAAAACUUCAUUUGAACUUGAGAAAAGUAUCGAUGAAUAUAUGAAAUAUCUAGAAGUGAUGCUUGCCGUUAUUAAUUCAAUUAAACAAGGAAAAGUUCAUCAUUAUUUGAUAAAAAGAAAACAAUUGAUUGAAUUUAUCACUAAAAUCAAUGAUUUGCGGGGGAAUUUACAAUUUCCCUUUAGAAUCGAUAAAAUGAGUGUUCCUGAGGUUUUGCAAAUUUCUUCAAUGUCUUACAAAAUGGAUGGAGACGAUCUUCAUGUUAUUCUACACAUUCCUCUAAUUGAGAAGAAUAAAUUUAAUUUCUAUCAAUUGCACUCGAUUUAUGUAUCAAAGAGUUUGGUGAAUAAUACAUUUGGUUCGGGUUUUAUUAAACCAAAAACUAAUUUUCUAGCUAUUGAUGAAGAAAUAAGGUACUAUUUUCCCAUUGAAGAAAAUAUACUGAAGAAAUGUCAUAAAAUUGAUGGAAGAUACAUUUGCCAUUUAUUUCAGGCCUAUUACAAUGUUAAUGAGAUGAAUAUUUGUGAGGUGAAACUAUUGAAUUCAACGUCUGAGGAAAUAUUGCAAACUUGUGAUAUUCAUGUGUCGAUAAAACAAACACCAUUGUGGACGGCAAUUACGAGUUUGGGUGGUUGGUUAUAUUCGUUGACGGAUGAAGAAAGAGGGAUUGUCUCGUGUGAUGGUGAUAAAAAUAAUUCACGUGAAAUAAUUUUGAAAAAUAGUGGAAUUCUACAAUUAACGACUGGAUGUACAUUGAGAACGAAAACAAUAACAUUACCAUCAUUGGCGUACAAGAAUAUUGAUUUUCACUUUAGUCAUCUAGUGAUAAAAAAUGAGACAACUUUUAAUGAAUCGAAAUUAGUUCGUAUUCUUCAGAGGAAAAAUCGACCGAUUAUUUAUUGUACUGGCUCAGCGUACGAUUGUAAUUAUUCGGAUCUUGAAAGUUUAGCGUUAGUUGAUGGAUCGUCGACUAAAAUGGAGACAAAUCCAUUGAUUUAUAUUAUUUUAAUUUGUAUGGUCACCAUUUUGAUAAAUCUUUCGAUUUUAUUUUGUAAAAUUCGCUUGUGUCACGGUGGAAAGAAUAAGAAAGUAAAUGGUAAAAUUGAAAAUGAUUCACGUCCAAGAGUAGCGGCUGAAUAUUUUCCCACUAAAAUGAGUAAACCAGAAACUUAUAUUUAAUUUAUUGUAAAAAAAUUUUUUUCCAUUUAAUAUUUAAAUUGAUUUACAAAUAUUAUUAGAAAUUCUAGAUUUUCUAUUAAAUUCAAUAAUUUAAAGAAACUAAUUUUU